GCGGCGGCGGCGGCGUUGGCGGCGGGGAGGGCGGCGGGAGCGCACAGACACGCACACGCACACGCGCACACACGGACACACACUCCGGAGACGCACACCCGCGCGCAUACACGCAGAGGCGGCUCGCCUUCCUGCCUGGCUUCCUUCCUGUCUGCUCCGCGCCUGACAGGCCCCUCGCUGCAGCCAGGGGCCGCCAGCACCGGGCCGAGGCCGGGCCGGGCCGGCGGCGAGGGCAGCGGGGCCGCGGGCGGCGGCGGCGGCUCAUGCCCGGCCUGUCCCCGCGCGGGGCGGGCACCGUGACUCGGCUGGGCCCCCAGCGGCGGGCGAUGUGAAGAUGUCAGUGGGCUGUGCCUGUCCUGGUUGUUCCUCAAAGUCGUUCAAGCUGUACUCACCGAAGGAGCCCCCGAACGGCAACGCCUUCCCCCCCUUCCAUCCCGGCACCAUGCUAGAUCGGGAUGUGGGCCCAACUCCCAUGUACCCGCCUACAUACCUGGAGCCUGGGAUUGGGAGGCACACACCAUAUGGCAACCAAACUGACUACAGAAUAUUUGAGCUUAACAAACGGCUUCAAAACUGGACAGAGGAGUGUGACAAUCUCUGGUGGGAUGCUUUCACAACUGAGUUUUUUGAGGAUGAUGCCAUGUUAACCAUCACUUUCUGCCUGGAGGAUGGACCAAAGAGAUAUACCAUUGGCCGGACCUUGAUCCCACGCUACUUCCGCAGCAUCUUUGAAGGGGGUGCUACGGAGCUGUAUUAUGUGCUUAAGCAUCCCAAGGAGGCAUUCCACAGCAACUUUGUGUCCCUCGACUGUGACCAAGGCAGCAUGGUGACCCAGCACGGCAAACCCAUGUUCACCCAGGUGUGUGUGGAGGGCCGGUUGUACCUAGAGUUCAUGUUUGACGACAUGAUGCGGAUAAAGACGUGGCACUUCAGCAUCCGGCAGCACCGCGAGCUCAUCCCCCGCAGCAUCCUUGCCAUGCAUGCCCAGGACCCCCAGAUGCUGGAUCAGCUCUCCAAAAAUAUCACCCGGUGUGGGCUGUCCAAUUCCACUCUCAACUACCUCCGACUCUGUGUGAUACUCGAGCCCAUGCAGGAGCUCAUGUCCCGCCACAAGACCUACAGCCUCAGCCCCCGUGAUUGCCUCAAGACCUGCCUUUUCCAGAAGUGGCAGCGCAUGGUAGCACCCCCCGCGGAGCCCGCACGGCAGCAGCCCAGCAAGCGGCGGAAACGAAAGAUGUCAGGGGGCAGCACCAUGAGCUCUGGGGGCGGCAACACCAACAACAGCAACAGCAAGAAGAAAAGCCCAGCCAGCACCUUCGCCCUCUCCAGCCAGGAUGUGAUGGUGGUGGGGGAGCCCACCCUGAUGGGCGGGGAGUUCGGGGACGAGGACGAGAGGCUCAUCACCCGGCUGGAGAACACCCAGUUUGACGCGGCCAACGGCAUUGACGACGAGGACAGCUUUAACAACUCCCCCGCCCUGGGCGCCAACAGCCCCUGGAACAGCAAGCCUCCAUCCAGCCAAGAAAGCAAAUCGGAGAACCCCACGUCACAGGCCUCCCAGUAAAGGCCUUGCCAUGGCCACCCAGUGCUCUGCCUGCCUGCCCCACCCCUCGCAGCCCCAGGGAGCAGAAGACAGAAUGAAGAGACUGAGCAUCUAAAAUGGGCAGCCUCCAUCCACCCACUUCAGGGAGGAACUGGACUCGCUGGGGGCAGGUGCCAAGAUUUGCCCCCCAGUGGCCCUGGGCUGGGCCUGGCCUCUGCAGAGCCUUUUGGGGGAAGGGGUUACUCAUGUGGAUGCCUGCGUGGACCCUGGGCCUCUCAGAAAUGUCCUGACCAUCCCCCAGGGCAUUUGCCUCCAUCUUCACCCCAGGUUCUGGGUUCCUAUCCUCCUGAUCCCACCCCCUUCAAGCCUGGGGUUGUUUAUCCCACAACCCUUAGGGACUUAAAGUUAUGGGGCGUGGUUGAGUGCCCCUUUCCUAAGCCUUCCCCUAGGUGGCUGGUAGUAGAGGGCUGAAGCUCUGGCUCCUCCCUGCAGUCACCUAUCCCAGCUCCCAAGUUUUUUAAAAAAUAAUAUUAUUAAAAAUGUAAGUUUAAAAAAAAAAAUCAUUCAUGUACCCCCUCUUUCCCUUAUUGAAAAGUCCAGCUACCUCCCUACUCCUGGCAGAUGUGGGGCUUGGGGCCCAGGCGGAGGUGAGUGUGGGGGUGGAGGUGUGCAUUGCCAUUUUUUACAGUUGGAGAGCUUCAGACCAAGGACAUACUUUGCCAUCUCUCUUCCCUUUCCUCUGGUGUGACUGGAGUUGGGGAAGUCAUGCCUUGGGGUAGGAGGCCAUUGAUGGCCUCAUCUUUGUGACAACCCCCUGCUGUUGUCUCUGUCUCCCCAUCAUCCAGGACUCUGGCCUGCUGUCCUAGUGCUUGUGACCCCCACUGUUCCAUCCCCAUCCCCCUCCCCCAUGGUGUGUAUGUUCUUACAAGUCCUCCACUAGAGCAGCCGUCUUGGAUGGGGGGAAGGGAGGCGGCCUCCCUUGGGAAGUGUGGAGGGAAGGGAGCGCAGUGUUUGUUGCUGUUUUUUUGUUUUGUCUCAGUUGGGCAGGCAUGGGACGGAGGGGGUGGGGCUCACCCACUCUCUCCAGUACUCUCUUCCCCCCAGCUCCUCAGACUGUGUAUCUAGUCCUCCCCUGUCCUCCACCGAGAAGAAGGAGCCACGGAGGGUGUCCUAACCCUAAGCCCACCUGGGAACAAUAGACCUCUAGUCACCAGCUGAAGUAAAGGGUCUUCAUCUCCAAUAUCACUUCCAUCCCCUUCCUCGUAGAAGGGAGGGGGGAAGCAGCCAGGAUCCUCAGCUCUGUUUCACAGUUGGACACUCGGAGGCUCUGGGCCCAGGGUGAGGCCAGGAGUAGGGUCCCAUGGGUCUGGGCCCAGCUCUGUGGCUUCGCUGCCUUUUCCUGUGGCCACUUCCAGAAGUGUUAGCACCACCUCUCUCCCCUACUCUUCUUUCUGGAUUCUGGGCCCCCCCGCACCCAGUUUCCUUCACUCCAGCUGCCACUGUUGAGAGGGUAUUGUGUCAGGAGCUGAGGGAAGGGGUGGGGAAGAUGGAUGUCCCACCCUAAAUGUAAUGCCUUUUUUUUUUUUUUCUUUUUUCUUUUUUUUUUUUUUUUUUUUUUUUUUUGGGCCAUUUGAGUCAUGUAUGGUACUGAUCAAUAAAGAGACUUUUUGGUUUGAGA